GAAGGGAGAGGGGGGGAAAAGAAGAGCGAGGGAGAGCGAGCGGCGGAGCGGUGUUUGAAGUCGUUGGAUCCCGGGUUGGCUCCGGUAAAAGCAGGGUUUUCUGAUUUGGAUUCGUUGAAAUGAGCAAUCGUAAAUCAAAGAAUAACAACUUAAUACAUGCAGAGUGCCUUUUACAGGUUCAAAGAACAUUACGUGAAAGAUUUUGUCAUCAGAGUCCACAUAGUAACUUAUUUGGAAUCCAAGUACAAUACAAACACUUAAUUGAGCUACUUAAAAGAACUGCUAUCUAUGGAGAAAGUAACUCUGUACUCAUUAUUGGGCCCCGAGGAUCAGGAAAAACACUGCUAAUAAAUCAUGCUUUGAAAGAGCUUAUGGAAAUAGAAGUGAGUGAAAAUGUAUUACAAGUUCAUCUGAAUGGACUGCUGCAGAUCAGUGAUAAAAUUGCACUGAAGGAAAUCACAAGACAGUUAAAUCUGGAAAAUGUAGUUGGAGAUAAAGUUUUUGGAAGUUUUGCAGAAAACCUUUCAUUUCUUCUAGAUGCCUUAAGAAAAGGUGACCGGAUUAGCAGUUGUCCAGUAAUCUUCGUAUUAGAUGAAUUUGAUCUUUUUGUUCAUCAUAAAAACCAAACUCUCCUCUAUAAUCUUUUUGACAUUUCUCAGUCAGCACAAACUCCAGUUGCAGUUAUUGGUCUUACAUGUAGAUUGGAUAUUCUAGAGCUCUUAGAAAAAAGAGUGAAGUCACGAUUUUCUCAUCGGCAGAUACACUUAAUGAAUUCAUUUGGUUUUCCACAAUACAUUAAAAUAUUUAAAGAACAGUUAUCUCUACCUGCAGAAUUCCCAGAUAAGCUUUUUGCAGAGAAGUGGAAUGAGAAUGUUCAGCGUCUCUCAGAAGAUAGAAGUGUGCAAGAAGUUCUACAGAAGCAGUUUAAUGUCAGUAAAAACCUGCGGUCAUUACACAUGCUAUUGAUGCUGGCUUUACAUCGAAUAACAACAUCACACCCAUUUAUGACUUCAGCAGAUCUAAUGGAAGCAAACCAGCUCUGUAGCAUGGAUUCUAAAGCAAAUAUUGUGCAUGGUUUAUCAGUCUUGGAAAUAUGUCUUAUAAUAGCAAUGAAACAUUUAAAUGACAUCUAUGAAGAGGAGCCUUUUAAUUUUCAGAUGGUCUAUAAUGAAUUUCAGAAAUUUGUUCAAAGAAAGGCCCAUUCUGUUUAUAAUUUUGAGAAACCUGUUGUAAUGAAGGCUUUUGAACACUUACAGCAAUUAGAAUUAAUAAAGCCCAUGGAAAGAACUUCAGUAAAUUCACAGAGAGAGUACCAGCUGAUGAAACUACUUUUGGAUAAUACUCAAAUUAUGAAUGCGCUACAGAAAUACCCCAACUGUCCUACAGAUGUCAGGCAGUGGGCAACUUCUUCACUAAGCUGGCUAUAAACAUAACCAGUGAUUUCAAUUUUGGCAUUUCGGGCAUUCUUUGCUGAAGAGCUUUAAGUUAUUAACCUUUAACAAGAUAUGUUAAUACAUUCCUUUAUAUUUAUAAACAAUUUGUAUUUAUGGGAAAUUGCUGUACAUGUUGGCCAUUCCUUAAAACAUGAACAGUUAUGUGAUUUGUAAUUCCAGUGGUUGGUUUAGAUUGUGCUCUCUGUAGCAGUUCAAAUGAAUAAAAUAUGACUGUUUUAGGAA